ACAGACAGCCAAGCCAUUAGUUUCUGGAUCUUCAGCAGAGGCUUUGCUGCUCCCGAAAGACCUCGAAGACCUCCGUAGCCUCCUUCUUUCCCGCUUAGGUGUCCCGGGGCAGUGGUCGGGGCAGAGAUGGCCAGCGGGGGUUUGCAGAUGCUGGGCUUCAUCCUGGCCUUCAUCGGCUGGAUCGGCAUCGUGGUGAGCACGGCCAUGCCGCAGUGGAAGAUCUCCUCCUAUGCCGGUGACAACAUUGUGACCGCCCAGGCCAUCUACGAGGGCCUCUGGAUGUCCUGCGUCACCCAGAGCACCGGGCAGAUGCAGUGCAAGGUCUACGACUCGCUGCUCAAGUUGGCAGGUAAGCCGCGCCCUGGACGGGUUUACGUGGCCCGAAUCGCCUGGCGUCUCGGGCUGGAAGAGGAGGGCGAGCCUCUGAGGUGCCCCGGGCUCCUUACGCUUUCUCAUGAUGGUGAGUCCUUGACGAAGGUCCACCUUAGCUACUCCGGAGCCCUUUUGAGCAGAAACUGA